UCUUUCCUUUAGGGGGCGCCACAGGAAAACUCGGUCCUGAAUCGGAAUACCCUCGCGCUUUAUCUAUAGUGAGUUAUCAAUAAAACGUAAACAAACCGCUGUCAAACACGUUGUGAAAUCAUGCCUGAAACUUGUUGUUGUGUGCCGGAAUGUAGUAACCGGGGUGGUCACGUAUUUCCAUCAGACCCAUUAAGAAAAAUAUCUUGGAUACACGCAAUUAAACGGGGAGAAACUCGUUUUCAGAGCUGGGAACCGUCCACUCAUGCUGUUGUAUGUCGUGCACAUUUCAAAGAAGAAGACUACGUAACUGAAACCUCUCAUGGAACAACACCACUGAAUAAAAGAUUGAAGAAAAAUGCCAUUCCAAGUGUAUUCUCCUGGGUUGAACCUAGUCCCCAUUCAGCAGCCAGAGCAAAUAGAGCAAAGUCUCGGGGCGUCAAAAGAAAACUGGCAGAAGAGUUUUCAGCAUCAAAUGAUUCGGAACUUAUAUAUUGCACCGAAUCCGAUGAUCUACAAACUGUGGAGGAAAUUGUUUCAGACUCAAGUGUGAUACCCGAGGAGUCAAUUGUACAAGAUCCAAACAUUUAUUUUCGUAAUGUUCAGACACAGAGAGUUAUGUCCAAGACACGAUGUAGAAUCGAUAUCGACAGAAAUUUGUCAUAA